GCGAUGGAGCGAUCCAGGCGAGGAUCCGAUGAGAACAUCCUGGGCAUCUUCGCAGAGGGUGAGCUGCGUUCGCGCAAGCCACGGGGCGCUGCUGCUUCGACAGGGGAUUUGACCAAGGGCAUCAGCUUCGUGCGGGGGCAAACAUUGCAGCCUACCUCGGUACCAGCCCCAGCGAAGGAAGAGAAAGAAGAGAAAGACGCGAAGGAUGAUGCUGAUGAUGCAAAUUCCGAUGUGGACAGCCGAUUUGUCCUCGAUGCCAGUGUUCCCAAUGGCAACUUCAAGCCUGCCGUGGAGGGACCCAAGCUUCCUGCGCGCAACAAGUUGUCCUUCAACCAGAUGUCCAGUAGCUACGGCAAAGGUUUUGCCAUGUUGCAGAAAAUGGGCUUCACUGGAGGUGGGCUGGGAAAGCACAACGACGGCAUCGCGAAUCCUAUUGAGGUGCAAAAGCGGCAGAGCAAGCGCGCGUUGCAAGAUGAUGGGGAGAUGGUGGAUCAAGACCUCUACGGAAAUGAAGGUGGCCGACGUACAGUGGAGGAGCUGCUGUCCAUAGACCGGGCACCUGAGAAGAAGUCCACGGAACCCAAAAUCAGCGAUGGAUGGAAGAGAGAUGGCAAGCCAAAGAAGCAGAAGACCAUCUACAAGACAGCAGAAGAGAAUGCAGGCGAGGUGCCCGCCAUGCGCAUUGUCGACAUGCGCGGCCCGGAGGUCAAGGUGGCCUCCUCCUUUGCUGAGCUGGCGGCCAACCUGUCAGGUGAUUCCGUGCGAAGCCUCAAGGAGUUUCGCCACAACACACGUCUCUUGGUGUCGCGCUACGAGGACAAGGUGCGAUUGGCAGCGGAGCGCAAGAGGCACUGCGAGAACGUCAUCCUUUCGGCCGCCAAGGAGCAGGAGAGGCUCCAGGCGGCAGAUAACAUCAGUGAAGCUGAUGUGAAAGGCUGCAAGGAGUUGGUGGUGGAAAUGGAGUCUUUGAGGGAACGACAGGAUGAAGGAAGCAUCGGCUUGAGCGAACUGGCCGAGACCUUUCACCGCUUAGAAAGAUCGCGACCCAAAGAGUUUCAUUUGUUGCAAGCCAUCGACGUCGCCUUCGCCUUGGCCCUACCCACGGCCAAGCGGGAACUGUCCACCUGGCAACCCUUCAAAGCCCCGGAGCUGGUGCUGAAAGCCAUGGCCAAAUGGCAAGACUUGGGCGACAAGGAGCGCUUUUCGGCUCUGCUGGAUGCCUCGUUGAUUCCCCAGCUCCGCAAGGCGCUGGUUGCAUGGGCCCCCAGGGAUUUCGAGCCCUGCAUUCGAUUGAUGGAAACCUGCCAGCGGCUGCUGCGGACGGAGGUGGCAGAUUCCCUGGUGGCAGAGGUGGUGCUCCCCAGAUUAAGAUCUGAGAUUGAAGUCUGGGAUCCGCGCAUCGAUCAGAGAUCAGCGCAUUUGUGGUUGCAUCCAUGGCUGCCCUUGUUGGGACGGAAGAUGGAGAUGCUUUGGACGCCUAUCAGGUUCAAGAUCUCCAGUUGCUUGGAAAAGUGGGAUCCCAGUGACCCUUCGGCUCAUGGUCUUCUAAAACCCUGGCAACAGGUCUUUGAUCCCGCCAAUUGGGAUCCGCUCAUCGAGAAGGUUCUGGGGCGACUGGAAC